GUGAGAUAUAUACGUUCACAGACACAUGUAAGUCGUGCGCCCAAGUUUAUAUUUGCAGUGCUUUCUGUGUUUUAGCCGAGAACACUCGCUCCGCGCCAAAGCUUGCAAUGCCUACGCCCGACUACAGCGUGGAGCUGGAUCUGGGAGAACCCCCACCAGAACUGCUGGAGUACGCUCAGAGACAGUGCGGGGAAGAUCCUGCCACCAAAAUACAAAUGAUACACGAGCUACGUGACAUCAUUUAUGAACGAGGAGAAUGCACGCCACACAGAAUGGAUGACGAGUAUCUUGUGCGGUUUCUUAGAGCGCGAAACUUUGUUCCGCAAAGAGCUCACAGACUGAUGGUAAAUUAUUACACGUUCAAGGAAGAAAAUCCGGAGCUGUUCGAUAUGUACCCGAUGGAUCUAAGAAUGAUUGGGGAUGCCAAUGUAAUAUCUGUACCGCCUUACCGGGACCAGAGUGGGAGGAGACUUUUGCUGUAUAGAAUUGGAUGUUGGGACACAAAAGCAAUACCCGUAGACGACAUAUUCAAGGCAACGAUCUUUGCACUGGAACUAGGGGUUUUGGAAGUUAGAACCCAAAUAUUGGGAGGAGUAGCGCUUUUUGAUCUCGAAAAUAUUGGUGUGGCGCAUGCCUGUCAGGUGACACCCUCUGUAGCGGCCAAGAUCGUGAAGUUACUAGUGUCAAGUUUUCCAGCGUUAACGCACGCGAUUCACAUCGUAAACAAUUCAUGGAUCUUCGACAAAAUGUACAGCAUUUUCAAACCAUUUCUCACGUUAGACAUGCAGUCGAAAAUCUAUUUUCACGGCUACGAUAUGAGUUCACUUCACAAACACAUAAAACCGGAGUGUCUUCCACAGCGAUAUGGUGGCAGUUGGCCGGACCUGAGCUAUACAGUGUGGCUUGAGUCAUUGAAAAGAAACUACACAGUUGCAAAGGAAUCCAUUGCUUGCGGAUACAAGUUCAGAACAGAAGAAGUUUGCCCGGAAGUUGUGAAAAGACUAAAGCAAGAAGGAAUAACUCUGACAUAAUUGUUGCUCAUAGAAUACAAUAUCACAAUACGAUACAUAAUUUAACUCGGACAGCGACCAGUCUCGGCGGCGUCCGUGUGACACUUAAUAGUAUUGUUUACUCAAGAUUGCUUAGCGGCUGAGUAAAUCAUGUGUAUGUGUGCGUGAGUCGAUUCAGGUGCUCCAGUAUGAAGUUAAAGUUCUGUUAUAUUACUGUAUGGCGACAACAGCAGGCACUUUACUGAUUUUCACUAAUUAUUUACAUGGAAGUACAGUAUCAACGUAUAACGAAAAUAAAAUAUUAUAAAUUUUAUUAAUAGAGCGCCUAGCACUGGAAUUGGUAAAAAGGAAUGAAAAUGAAAGGAAAAAUAGAAAACUAUUGAGAUUUAUUUUUGUAUGUUAAUAUUUUUUGGAAACCAAGUUUAACUAUAAUUCAUUAGUUGAAUAGUUUUCAUACUAGAGUACAGACGACCUGACAGCCCAAUAAUGCAUGGCCAUAUUUGAUUUGUCAGUGUGUGUGUUAGCUACUGGUGUAGUAUUCAAAAUAUUAAGGAGCUAACUCCAAGCGUGGCUGACUGUUGACAACUCGUCAAAUUACAAUCAAAUUCGGUUAAAGUCACAAUAUAUUCGCUUACCUUUUCUAUCUUUCUGUAUUUCUAUUAGAGAUGUUCUUCUCUCUCGCACGCUUUGUUCGUCUAUACGAUAGUAUAUUGUAAGUUUGUGGUUUUCACCACGUUGAAGAACUUAAUUUUUUUAUUAACAAUUUUAUACAGGAGUAUUUAAAAUGCACAAGUUAAGUAAAUUAAUAUCCAAUCCCUUUGUAGAUCCAUUCAUCAAUUUUAUUUAUUUCUAGUAUAUUUAUUGACACACUCUCAAGAAUAAUAGAUAUUAUUUGAUUUUUAAUCUUUUUGUUUGUGAUGGAUAAACUCCGUAACUGCUCAACCGAUUUUUAUAAUUCUUUACACUUAUCGAACACUACAUAAUCUGUGACUAACCUGUGUUAUUUAUUUAUUCAAAAAUAUUAAGAUAUUUUCACAAAAUUGCAAUAUGGUUAAUGUAUGUAUCCAAUAAUUGCCUGUAAGAGUAAGUAUUAUUUGAAACUAUUGAUAAUUUGUAAAAAAGGCUAUACAGAGUGUAAUUGUUAGGUGACGACGCGAUUGUUCCGUAACUAUUACAAAUAUCAAAAAACUUUAAACUGAUAUCAAAAAUACUUUUUCUUAUCAUUAAAAUAAUAUCUUCAACUUAACUAACAUAACUUUUUAAAAAUCAAACGUGAAGUAUCCGCUAUUAUACAUUUACAUACAUUUAGUACGAGCAUUAGCAGAAUGGUUUUAGUUUCCUUAUUUUAAAAGACUAAGAUUGAAUUGAAGGAAUAUAAAACUUAAUAAAGUAAUAAAACUAUCAUUUAUUGAAUAAUAUUUAUUUCUUAGUAAGUAUAAAAUUUUGUACAAGAAGUGACUCCCUUGCUUGUAUCGCACAAUACAAUCUUUCUACUAAUCUCAUACUAAAUGUAUGGGAGUGUUUAAUAUAAAAAAAAUGGAUAAUUCACGUUUGAUUUAAAAAGUUAUUGACGUCAUUUUACUGAUUAGGUAAUGUACUUUCGAUACCAGUUUAAAGUAUUUUGAUAUCUGUAAUAGUUACGGAACACACUUAACUAUUUCAUACUGUAUUUUAGUUUGUUAUUCUAAGUGAAGCGACAAUGGCUAGAAGGAAAUAAGUUUACCAAUUUAUGUUUUUGUUACAAUAUAGUUAUUAUACUUAGCUUCAUUACUUACAAUCUUUAUCUUUACGUAGUAUUGUUUAACUUUAGUUAUUAAUUUUAAGUUUACUAAAAAGGAUAAUAUUUUAAUUUGUAUUCUUAUAAUAUUAUGUAGUUUACUUAAAAUAUGAAAUCGUCAAGUGUCUGUGAUAGAAAAUUAUUUAAGUAUUGGUUGAACAAGAGAACCUUUGCACAAAGUAAUCAAGUUCUUUUGUUAGUUCAUACUAUUUGUUUAAUUUUAAUUAAGUUCUUUGAAUAAUUGUUCAAAUGGUUACCCUAUUAUUCCUUAGAUAUAAGUUUAGAUAAUUUAUACGUCUACAUAGUGCCUCUUGCUGCUAGACAACCGAUGAAAACAGGCCAGGUUUAUUACUUUAGUGUGCGUGACAAGCUACGUCUUACACUUGCGAUUCGUAUGUGGUAUUGUGCGUGAAUUGGUCGAAAUAGAGGUUACCUAUCAACCUCAAUUAUUUUCGACGUUUUGACAACCGUCACAGCCUAUCUAGACGUAUAUAUGAUCUAAAGACAAGUUAUAAUUUAACAAGGUGUAAGUUUGUAUUUCUAAUUUUAAAUAAAUUAGGCAAAUGAAUUUAUAUGAUGAUAACAUUUGAUAGGCUGAUAUAUACAUGGUUACGAAAUGAUAGUAGUCCUCGAAAAAGAAGUCCUUAAGAUUUAUUUCAACAAUCACUAUAACUAUAUACUAUAACUAUACUCGUUUGGAAGUGAUGUCGUCUGAAUUAUAAAUCACUUGGGAAUUAUUAAAUAAAAUUUUGGUAAGUAUAUAA